CGUCAGGACGUAUCACAUUGAAUGAUGACGCCGUUUGAUCAUUAAAAAAAUCUGCCGUUAAAAAAUAUCAGAGAAUUAGGUCACCAAACUAACACAGUACCAGCGGCCACGCUCGGAGUGUGUCCCCGCCGUGUUUUUGAUUAUAUAACUUUCCCCGAGGCGCGACCUGGGCACAAUACAGACAGCCGAGGAGAGAGAGAUGUCCGGUGUUUCCAGCAUCUGCAGCCGUUAGACCGGUCCGCCUGUCUGCCUCCCACCGCUGGGGUUCGGAGACCCGCAAUCCCAAUAACGUUAACGCUAGCUACUGUAGUCCCGGCCAAACUGGGGCUGAAUGGUUAGCCGCGGGAAGGAGACACACCACCGGACAGAAGGUACCUGCCACAACCCAGGAAACCACUCCUCGCCUCGUCAGCCUGGUAUCAACACAGCGCACAUUUCAGUAGUUGCAAAAUACAUCAUUUAAGGACUCUAGCAUGUGAAACCAGCACCCCAAGACAUGUAAGCUUCAACCCUUCUGUCCAAGAUCUUCGUUAGUAGAAGUUAACAGAGUUUGGUCUGACAAUGUCGAGCCGCCGGAAAUCGACCACACCUUGCAUGGUGCUGCCUUCUGAUGUGGUGGAGCAGGAAGAGGUGGAAGAGAAAACCGAAAGGGCAACAGAGGAAGAGACGGAGGAGGAGGAGGAGGACGAGGAGAAGGGGAAAGAGGGAGCAGAGGAGGGUCCGACUGCAGAAGAGCUGAGUCAGGCAGUAGUGGUUGUUCCCACACCUCCAACUACAGACGAGCCCAGUGUCCCUCCUGUAGAAGACAGUGAAGUCCUCGCUCCCUCACUGAAGCGCAGCGCUACAGACCCUCCUGAGGAUCCGAGCAGUGAGCCGCCAACACAGGAAGAGCAGUGCGAGACACCCGAGGAGGGAGGGGCAGACCCCGCCACGGUUGCCGCCAUUUCCCUCAGCAAGACCCCCAUCAUGAGGAUGAAAAGCAAAUCUGAACCCAAGAGGAUCUCUGUGGCCCUGAAAUCUACAGACGAGGCAGUGGAGGGUUUCGGCGGGGGCAACGGGGAGGUGAGAGGAGGAGACCAGGAGCCCAUUGAAGCUCCCCUUGGGCCGAUGACGCCUGUGGAGAUGCUGCUGCACGACUCCAUGAAGCUCGGGGGAGGCGGCUUGCUGGUCAGCCCGUACUCUGAGCAGCAGAGGAAAUCAGCGACUUUAAACCCUGCAGUUCUGCCUGCAGGCCUGGCACAGGUGCUUUCUGCUUUCCAGGCCCAGCAGAGUGCAGCGGCGGCAGCAGCAGCUCAGCCUCAGCUGCUCAUUCCCCUCAGCAGCAUCCCCUCCUACAGUGCAGCUAUGGACACCAACCCCCUGCUGGGCAGCAUGUACAAGAAGUUUCCUUACCCCUGCACGGCCGAGAUCAGCAGCCUGGCAGCGCAGACACAGUUCACAGAGGAGCAGAUCAAGGUUUGGUUCUCAGCCCAGCGUCUGAAGCAUGGUGUGAGCUGGACUCCAGAGGAGGUGGAGGAGGCCAGGAGGAAACAGUUUAAUGGCACGGUGCACACGGUGCCACAGACCAUCACUGUAAUACCUGCUCACCAGCUCUCAGCAGCUGCCAACGGCCUGCAGUCCAUCUUACAGACCUGCCAGAUAGUGGGCCAGUCUGGCCUGGUGUUCACACAGGUGGGCCCAGGGGGGCACCUUCCAGUGACCAGUCCCAUAACUCUGACGGUGGCAGGGCUGCCCAGCCAGUCCCAGAGCGCCAGCAGAGUUUCCUGCCAGCCCACCCUGACAAACAGUGAGCUGAAACGAGCUACCACUGUCCAGCCUCCCUCUCUCUCUCCACAGGAGAACUCGGCCCUCAGCGCAGACACAUUCAGUUUGCGUCCCAAGAAGUCCAAAGAGCAGCUGGCAGAGCUGAAAGCCAGCUACCUGAAAAACCACUUUGUCACGGAUGCGGAGAUUUCCCGACUGAUGAAGCUCACCAAUCUCACAAAGGGAGAGAUCAAGAAGUGGUUCAGUGACACCAGGUACAACCAGCGCAACUCCAAGAAUAGCCAUGUCAUUGUUUUCCAUGAUGGAGGAGGCAGAGGGAGUGGCAGCUGUGGUAGCAGUGCCAGCACCGCCAUCGUUAUCGACUCAAGCGACGAGACCACCCCCACAUCUCCCCAUCCCCCACGAACUCCACCUGUGAAGGAGAAAGAGACGCGGCCCAAAACUUGGAACCCAUUCCCGGAUUUUACCCUGCAGAAAUUUAAGGAGAAAACUCCAGAGCAGCUGGUGGUGCUGGGGGAAAGUUUUGAGAAAAGCAACACCCCAUCAGAUGAAGAACUGAGCCGCCUGAGGACAGAGACUAAACUGACGCGGAGGGAGAUUGAUGCCUGGUUCACCGAGAGAAGAAAAAUACCGUCUGUUAGCACUUCCUCCCCGGAUUCUUCAGAGGGAGGAAAGAUGGAGGCUGGAGAAGGAGGAGCAGGAGCCAGUUCUUCUUCUCCGUCUGCCUCCUCGUCCCGUAGAGGUAGUCAAACUCCUCCCGGCGGUCGCAGUAAGCAGCUGCCCACCAGCAGCAACAGAGACAUGAAAGAUAAGAAUAAAAAGACUCCAGAGCAGCUCCAUAUUCUGAAAAGUGCCUUUGUGCGGACCCAGUGGCCCACACCAGAGGAGUACGACCAGCUGGCGGAGGAGAGCGGCCUCGCUCGGUCCUACAUCGUCAGUUGGUUCGGAGACUCUCGAUACUCGUGGAAGAACAGCAACCUCAAAUGGUUCUUCCAGUACCAAAGUGGCAACGCUGAAGGGCCAAACGGUGGAGGGAGCAAUAAAAUGGGAGGCGGCAGCGGCACAGGUCGGAAAAGACGUGGCCGAAACCGUGGUUGGGGCCGGUCCAGAACCAGAAAGCAGCCAAGAAGGUCCGCCUCCUGCAGUACAGAUGUAGACAGAUGUCUGCCCUCAAAGAAAAUCAAGAGUGGGCGGGAGAUUCUGAAGGAGUACUACAUUAGGCACCACUUUCUCAAUGAGCAGGACCUGGAUGAGCUCGUCGGCAAGACCAACAUGAGCUACGAACAGGUGAGGGAGUGGUUCGCCGAGGUCCAACGGCGCUUGGAGACGGGGGAGGAUCCCUUCCUGGAGCAGGCUGCAGGAAGUACCGGAGGAGACGCAGCGGGGGAGGAGGUGGGGGCGCAGGGAGAGGCGUCAACAGCCGGCGAGGAGCAGACCGGCCCAGGGGAGGGGGAAGAGGAUGAGGACGAAGGAGAUGAGGAGGAUGACGGGGAUGAUACGGACGACAGUGAGGUCUGGGAGCCGUCCCGCAGCGUCAGGAAGUCUUUGUCAGUCUCCGAAGACUGACACGUCACAGAAUUUUCCCAGAGAAAUAGUGGCCAACUCUGGAAUAACACUAGUCCUUCUGACACUGAUUUGCAUUUGUACUCAUUUGCAACAUGAAUUCACUGUAUUUUAAAACGACUCCUGGUUUCAUGACAGGCUAACAAGUGGACUAUUAGCUUUAGCUCUCUCCCUGAAUCUUACCUAUAAGUGAUGUGUAACAGUUUAGGAAUCAUGGUAAAUAAGGAGAUUUAGCAAACCCUGGUGCACAAAACUCUGAUGAAGCCUACAAAGCAAUAUCUAGUCAAAAGUAGUACAACGAAGUGCGAUCUUCAAGCUUAAAAUGAAAUAGUUACCCAAAAGAAAAGCUGUCCAGACACAUCUUUACAUUUAAUUGCAAGUCAUGAAUACUGUAAAUGAGAGAUUUAAAUGUUGCCCACGUCCCCUCGUUACAUUUUACUGCUUGAAUGAAGCAAGGGAGAUAAAUGUACUCCAUCAGGCUGCUCUGACCUAAAUUCUAACUUCGAUCUACUGAUAUAUGAAUGUCCCAGACUCAUUUGUGUGUUUACAAAAGUGCUUUAAAGCGUAUCACAGCUAGAUGUCACUGCUAAGCAAUGUCCCCAAUGAACCUAGCGUACGUCUAUUUGUGGAACCGGUUGAUAUUACUUGUAAAAGCACCUUUUUUCCUAGCACCUAUGAAGUCCAAUGCAAGGGCCCGGAUAUGAAUCAGCAGGUUGUUGGAGCCGAAAUGGAUUGAUGAUUGAUCACAAAGACCUGCUGAAUGAAUGCCAAUGCCACGGUGCUUUUAAACACAGGGUGUCUACCCAAGUCUUCCCUUUAUAGCAGCUUGUUUUUUCAUUAGUGUUAGAGAUUUUUAACUGAACACAUAGAAAUCUGAUGUAUGUGUUUAGUAUGCACUGUUAAUAAUGCUUUAAAACAAAUGUCACCUUUUUAUAGAACACAUCCUGUGCUAUUAUGACCUUUUUAAAGGGGGAUUCAGACAGUGUGAGGCGGUUGUCUCAGCGUUGAAUGUGUUUUCUUCUGAGCAGUGAGCUACAGUUUACAGUUUGAUGUGUGAACUGAAUGAUGGCCGCUGUGAGGCAGUCCACUGAAAUGAUUAUAGAAUUAUUUCGCUGCAGUGUUUACGCUUAGAAAUGACUCGGACGCUUUUGAAUGGAUGUACUACAUUUAAAUGUUGGGGGUGCAUUGCAGAUUAGCCAAGCAAAUGUUAAACCACAAUUUGUCCCCACAAAUGUUUAUAGGUCUGGGCUUUCCUGCUCCUUUCAAAAACAAAGCCACUGAAUCAUUUUUGGUCCUGACCUUGACUUUAAGAAACCCUGUUAAAACAGUAUUUCAAAUAUUGAAUUGACUCUAGUCUGCACUUAAGGCACAAACGUGAAGCACCUAAACUAAACUUGCAAAGAUAAAUGCACUUUGUCCACAUGUAUACAGUGGACUGAAUCCUUAUUUGGCACCUUAUCUCUUAUUAAACCAUAAAAUGGCUCUGAGAGACCAAAUGUGUUUUGUAUGACUAAAAACUAAACCAGUAUUUUGCCUUCUUUUCUUAAUCCUUGUGUGUUUUCAGUAGGGGGUGUCCAUUUAUCCACUGUUCUAAUGAUAUGUGUUAAAUGUUUGGAUGUUUAAAAGGCUCAAAAUCUAGUCGAACAAUCACCCACCGCUUUCGUUUGCUAAAUUGCACAAUUUGAGCCCGAUUUGUUUAGCCUUUUGAAAAUGCACACGUGUAAUAUUUGUUAUGUAUUGUUGCUUUAAAUCAUGAGGAUUUCCUCCCAUCUCUCCUGAUUCUUAACCCCUCUCCUCUAUUCCUCUUUUGUGAAUGAAUGCCUAUGCUCAUGAUGUGCACUUCCCAAGACAUUUUUCUGUGAAUUUGGUGUCCUGUUUACUAUCUCUGCGUUAAAUGUGUAUAACAAAGGCAGACAGACUAUAGGGACAACUUUUCAAUAGACUGAAACUGUUCACAAAACAGACACUCUUGGAAAAGUGUUGUAAUGCCUGAAGAAACAGCCCAGCAUUGCCUCUGCGGCGGAAAAGUCAACCAAAUAUUGCUCCUCUUUCAAACUCUUCUCACGCUCUUUACCGUAUGACAUUGACAGGACAUUAACAGUUGUUCACAAAAGAGGAGAGACUCUGAUUCAGCUUUGCAGAUAAACCUAUGUGCCUACAUGGCUCGUACGCUUGUUUGAACAGAAUUCCCCCAACUCUCUACCGAAGAUGAUGAUUUGUGAAUGCUCUCGAAGUCACGUACUGUUGGGUGACUCCUAAAGAAUGCUUGUUCAAACUAAGCUGUGAUGCAUGACUGAGCUCUGCUUUCUGCUGACGCUAAAAGAUGCCUAAAGUUGAAAUUUGAAACUUCUGUUGUAAGUACUUAAACAGAUACCUUGGCAAUUGAAUCGUUUUUCCCCUCCGGCACUUUUUACAUUACAAAUACACAAGUUAAUUCAAAAGCAGCCUGCUAGCCGCAAGCUAUUUUUUAGAUUUUAUGGUGGGUGAAGGAGAGUGGAACCUUCAAAGCAUUUUGUUGUAAUGUGACGAGUGCCCAUGAAAGAAAAAUACAUUCAAAAUAUCAAGGUAUACCUUUUGUCUGAUAAUGCAUGCAAUAACCAAGAUAACUGCUCAUGAUGUACAUACAAUAUUUUGGGUUGGUAUACUUGGCACAGUUCAAGCCUAAUCUGGGAUACUUUGUACCUUCUAAUGAUACCAGUCACUUUUCAUCUAUGGACCUGUUUAGUUUUUUUUCCAAUUCAUGGACCCAUUUCAGUCCUUCGCUCGGAACUAUGUUAUCACCAAAAUUGCAGCCAUUGCACCGCAGCCAUUUUGUGCCCUUUUUAUUGAAUUCUGGUAUUUCACAUGCUAAUUUGUACACAUGCUGCAAACUGGCUGUUUAUUUUAAGACCACAGGUUAGGCUUCAUCCUGCCCCCCCGGUAUCCAGCCCAAAGUCUUUUACAGUGUGCUUUGUCUUUACUAUAGUCGCUCUGUUUUAAAUGGUUUUAUAUGUUUCUAUCUAUGAAAACCGUGUCUUUACAACUCUUUCCAGACAGCAGUGGAUAGACAAUGUACAAUAGAGUAGUGUUUUUGAAAUAGAGUCAGUUUUAGAGUUCAGCCAGUGUUUCCCCAGGUUGCUUUGAGGUUCUUAUGUUGCUAAUAUAGAGUCAAAACUCAUGAGAAAAGACAUGCAUUUAGUUAAAGGAACUGUCUAAAGAAAUGUUUUGCUAAUUAUGUGUCUGAAUAUGAGAAAUUUGGAUCUGUUUGGGAAAGUGAUAUUACAUAAAAGAAAAACUGAAAACAUUUUUAAAUAAAGUUUCCAACACAGUUUCUUAAAGGGGUACUUCACAGAAUUUACACAUGAAGUACGAUCUUUGAAAAUACAGGUGUAAAAUGGCCAAGGAGGGAGCUUUCUGGAAUGUACCAAAUAGUUUGAAGAUUCAUACACAUCAUUGAUAUUAUGUUUUAUAAGCGUGAAACCAGUAUUAAACCCAGUUGCAGAUAAAGAUCAGUCCACACUAUGACUGUUGGCAUGAAACUGCAAAGGAAUGUUUCCAACUCGUGUGAUCGAAACGCUUUAAGAUACUUUUGAGUUCUUUUUUGGUGGAAAAAUAAGAAUAGUUUCCUAAAUUCACAACAGAUGUUUCAAUGUGUCAAUACAUAUUUGUUGGCGUUAAACCUUUUGAAAACAUUUCCCUGCCAUUAAAACAGUCCUGACACACACAAAUUCAUUAGAAAAUCUCAAUUGAAGUUUCCAACAUCGAAAUAAAACAUUUGGUGUUUUGUUCAGCCCUAGAUCUUUCUAAAGUUAAAAAAAAACUCAUGUGAAAGUGAUGUCUUUAGGGGGAUUUCAGUUUUUAAAUGGUAUAGCAGUGAACUCGCACUUUAAAUUUUGGGUGUGAAAAAGUUGGUAUAUAGAGGGUUUAUAUAAAGACACCAAUCUGUUGCAUUCAGGUCAUUGGUCUUAUUUUAAUACAUCUUUUAUCAGUACCCCAACUUUCUUUAUUCAAGGUACUAAAUCACUGGAGUACCCCUUUAAUGGUUUCCAGGCUUCUGACAUAAAUAGUAACACAACCAGCCUGUCUGAUAUAUCUGUGUUCAAUAUUAAUCAUGUAUUCAAAUGGGCCCUGGUUGAUGAGGUGCCAUGUCUGCUCCCCUGAGUUUAGAUUUUCUUCCCAACAUGUAUCGCAGUUAACUUUGUGCAGUAGAGCUAACAUUGUGAUUUGAGUAGUUUACCUGAUGUCCUGUUGUGCACAUGUCAUAUCUAUGUCCUUUACUCCUGCUAUACUCCUCACUCGUUGUCUGUAUUUAGACAGUAGAUGCUUGAAUGUUUCUUACAGCAAUCAGAGAUUCAAAUGUUUUUACUAAACAGCCGCAACUUAUUUUAAAUGUACAGUGGAGUUUUCACCCUCUGGUAUUUCAGAUCUCAUUUUUAUCUGUUUACAGUUUUUACCUAAAAAGUAUUAACUCUUAACAGCUUGUUUUGCUUUUUAUUUUUGUCUCAAUACAACUUGUUUACUUUUGGACCCUUUUUACUGAAUCAUGACAGAGAUCUCUUUGCUUCUGUGUUAGGUAACAGUCAUUACCAUAGACACGGAUUACAAUAAUCUGUAAACUCCAAGGUAAAUGAGUUUAUGUUCCUUUAAAGACACCUUAUUUUGAAAUGUCACUCCUGAAUUUAACAAUCAUUCGGUCUCCUACAGGUGGUUUUCUUUAAAUACUAGCUAUGAUCUCAGUCUUGAACUUAAAACUUCUGUGCCAUGGAUGCAAAAAUAUCACUGUUGAUGACCUAAAACUAUUACAGUUAAAACGUGUUAAUUGGUGUCUGUGGUACAGAUAUUACCAUUUACAUUAAAUUAUUCAUACUCUGCCUGAGCUGUAUUUCAGAACGGUGUUGAACCCGGAGGGUAUCCGUCAUAAACUUGGAUUAAAAACUGUAUGUUUGGGUGUCACCUUGCUUUAGAAAGACAACCAUUCCUUUCUGCGAACCCUGCAACCAUCAGCUCGUAACGACCAGCUGUAAAGCCAGCAUUUUGUGCAAUUUUAAUUUAAAGUCCCGGCUUUAAUAGAGGCUAUGUCUUGAUAUCCAGCUUAAUGUUGAAAACAAAUAUUUUAUACUUGUUUGAAGAAAACCCCUAAUAAAUUUUGAUUUAAAUAUGU